CUGCGGUGGGGGGGAAACUGCAAUCGACAACGACAAACGGGUGAUAUUUAAAGCAACUUGCCUGCCAUCCAUCCGUUCAUCGCAAAUCAUCCAUCCAUCCAUCCAUCGCUGUUUUUUUAGCGUCGUCCAGACUUACUCCAUCCACUGAAGAACAACACCAAAACACAUCUCCACACUUUUCCCUUGCGCUUUCACACAUUCUUCUUUGCGAACGGAAGCCGGUUUUAUGUCUGAGACCAUCCAGAAUCUUGCAUCUUACGAUCCUUUCGCCGAUACAGGGGAGGAGAGUGACCUGAAAGUACAGGGAUAUAUUCAUAUCCGUGUCCAACAACGAAACGGACGCAAAACUCUUACCACAGUGCAAGGCCUUCCUGCCGAUCUCGACCAAAAGCGCAUCUUGAAGGCCUUCAAGAAGGAAUUCGCAUGCAACGGCACUGUUGUACAGGAUGAAGACCUAGGCGAGGUUAUCCAACUUCAAGGCGACCACCGUGUCAAGAUUCAGCAAUUUUUGGCAUCUGAAGGACUUGCCAGUAAGGACAAGAUCAAGAUUCACGGGUUCUAAGGUUGGGCGGUUGAGCAUAGCAUAGCGUUUGGCUCAUUGGGUUUAGUAUUUCUAUUUGAGAUUUGGGCAGUUUAUAUGCUGAAUUUGGGGUUGACUGCAAAGGAAUGGCGUGCGUGUGGUUGCCGAAUACAAAAGAACGAGGCUGUACUCUUUCGGGCUGUUAUAAUAUAAUUAUUGAUGUUGCAA